CCGCAUUUUAAGCAUUACAAAUAACAUACUUCCGGUAUAAACGUAAACUUCGUCAUGAAAGGAGUUUAAUAUAUGCUUUGGAUGUUGUAUUCGUUUUUCUGGGACUGAACAAUGCCAAGAUGAGUCACAGGGACACAAAUUACAGUUACAGAAGUGUAUCCCCACCCACAUCACCCCAAAUAUCACCGCCAUCCUCACCUUUUCUAUCAAAAUCAAACGAUGAAUCAUCACCACAAAAGCCGGAACAGAGAUUAUCUGCAAAUGCAAAGAGGCAGAAAUACCUACGGCGAUUGUUUAAGUUUAGACAGAUGGACUUUGAAUAUGCAUUUUGGCAGAUGAUUUAUUUAUUUGUGUCGCCUCAAAAAGUGUACAGAAAUUUUCAAUACAGAAAAAAUACAAAAGACCAGUGGGCCAGAGAUGAUCCUGCUUUUCUUGUGAUUCUCAGCUUUUGGCUGAUAAUAUCUUCGCUGGGCUUCUUCAUUGUGCUGGGUCUUCGUUGGCAUGAGUUCAUAAAGUUCAUCAUCUGGAUGGUGUUUGUGGACUGCAUAGGCGUUGGACUUAUCAUUGCCACAAUUCUUUGGUUCCUCACCAACCGCUACAUGGUGAUAGCGCCACCUAGAGGCCAAGACGUGGAAUGGGGAUAUGCCUUUGACGUGCAUCUCAACGCUUACUUCCCCUUGGUCAUGAUACUGCAUCUUUUUCAGCUCCCUUUUCUUAAUACUGUGAUUAUAGGUGAUGGAUUUUUGAGUCGUUUCUGUGGCAACUCCCUGUGGUUGAUAGCCAUUGCCUACUACAUCUACAUCACCUUUCUGGGCUACAGUGCUCUGCCGUUUUUAAAGAACACUCGGACAAUGUUGUUCCCAGUUACAGCUGUGCUAGUGAUCUAUUUGUUGUCUCUGGUUCUCGGUUGGAACUUCAGUGGCGGACUUAGCUACUUUUACAAGUAUCGAGUGUUUGUAGAGCCUUAGUGAGGGAAUCGACGUACGGAUCACUUUUGCUGCUGCUUGCAAGGAAUAGCUGACAAGAUUACCUUUGCUACAUGGCAAUUUUAUAAAAUCUUCAACAGAGAUGUGGUACAGGUUUUUGUUGGGUCGUGAAUAUUUUUUUGAAAUAUGUGUAUGAAUUAUUUGUUUGGGAAACAGAAUAUAAAUUGUAGAAAUUACUGCCUGAGCAAUAAAUAAAUAGAUGAAAUACCCAGUGCUAUUAAGUAAGGGUUAUAUGAAAUAUUUAUUUUACAAUAACUCUUUAAAUAUACAAAAACAGUGUGAUUUACACACAACUUGAUAAUUAUUGUACGAUUUUGGUUUCUAAUUGUGCAUAUAUUUUGAAAAGUGGAAAAUAUUUAAGAUCAAGCUUAUGUAAGUUGCAAACCAAGUAAAUGAAGGUAACUACUUCUUCAAUGAUUCCUGUAACAUCAUGGAUAAUUGCCCUUAGCAAAUGAAUUGGGUAUUGUAUCUAAAUGGCAUUUUAACAAUUUCAAAAAUAUACAUGUAUAAAGCUUCAUUUUUUUGCACUUAGAACUGUUUUAUAAUAGUUAUAUUGAAGAUUUUGUUUAUUGUACAUGAUUGAAUCAUUCGUUAGUUGUUAAUGAACAUUUAGCAUUUCCCAUACAGUGGAUCAUAAUUUGAAAAAUAUUUUGUGCUAGGAACACUUAUUUCAACGUCAGUUAAAUCGCAUUAAAGUCAAUUUUGUUCUUGAAACUGCAUGUUUUUUUAAAUGAUACAUGAUAAAUGCUUAAUGAUACAUAUAGGAUGUCAUGUAUUGGAAAAAACGUGAAGUUUUUGGUGAUUGUGGGGAUACAAGUAUAGCUGUGUGAUACACGUGUCACAACUUGUUUCUUUGAUUAAUAUAGAGUAAAUGAUGUACAGUUUAAGGUAUAAUUGUGAAGGCACAAUA